ACUGCACCGUCAAAUUUCAUUCUGCUUCAGGGGAACAAUGGCGUCUCUCGCAGGCGUUCGUCUUUUUACGCGAAACACCGGUGCUUUUAAAACUGUAGCCGAUCGCCUGAGCUUGCAGCGAACUGUCACUACUUUUCGGCUUCGACCACGAUCACUUCACACUGCUCAACAAUGUCGGUCUUUGCGCUGGCCCGAGGGCCUAGUGGACCCACGGGUCAAGCAGGUGCGCCACUACAGUCAUGAUGCUCCACUCACCCUUCAGCUAAUCAGCGAACGGGUGCUGUUGGUGCUCAAACUCUAUGAUAAAAUUGAUCCGGCGAAGCUCACAGUGGAAUCUCACUUCAUUAAUGAUCUUGGCUUGGACUCCUUGGAUCACGUAGAAGUAAUAAUGGCGAUCGAGGAUGAGUUCGGCUUUGAGAUUCCAGAUAUGGAUGCGGAAAAGCUACUGCGACCUAAAGAUAUAGUUCGCUAUGUUGCUGAUAAGGAAGAUGUCUACAAAUAGUGCUCUUUUAAGAAUUUGUAAUAUCGAUAAGUUAGUCAACAUUUCAUUGUUUCAUAAUGAUGCAAUGCAAUCGCUACAGCUACUGUUAAGGCUGUCUUUUUUUUUUAAGCAUCCACUCAAAGUGACUGCGUUUCCCUGUAUAUAGACAAAUGGUCAUAAAAUGAAUAAAAGCUUCUUUGACCUACCAGAUGAA